CGCCUGAUCUGAAAAACCUCUCAGCUGAAUACUUCCACCUGUUUGUGACAACUAAACAUAACAAAGGAGAUGAGUGUGCCUUUUGUCACGUGCCAUCAUGGUCACCCCCUUCCCCCUUCUCAUCGCACGCGCUGUCCAACUGUUCAACCAGACAAAACUUAACUCCUCUAGAUUUCCCAAAACACCCUCACUCGAUUCUUUCUUAUUACCGAAACAACCACUUCCCUUGCGCCUGUCCUUUUCCUCCAACGUCACAGCGGUUUACGUGAGCACCUUUCACUAAUGCGAUUUCCAGUAAUUUUCGUUCACGUGUAGCCUCAAAAGUUCCAUUAAGAGUCAGAACUUUUACUGCUCGACACGUGUCAGGAAACAUAUACCCCAGAAGUGUCUCUCUCCGUCCAAUUUCAAAGAGUAUACAUUCAAAAGCUCCUGUAUCCCUCCCUUUUAACCUUCACUAUCUCCCUCUGGAAAUUUUCUUAUUUCUCUCUCUUAGGGUUUCUGCUACUUGAUAGCUCCUCUGGUUAGAUUCAGCUGCAAAUCAAUGGUCCGAUGAGAGAAUAGUUAGAAAGCAAGCACAGGAAACCUUUAGAAUAAAUCAUGGACCAGUCAGAGCAAACACAACAGCAACAGCAACAACAGCAGUCACAGCAACUGCCUGUAAUGGGAGUAGUAGCUGGUGCUGCUCAAAUGGCCUAUACUACUACUCCUUACCAAACUGCUGGAAUGAUGGCUUCUGGGACACCUGCCAUGGCAGUUCCUUCUUCAACUCAGGCCCCAUCCACAUACUCUAAUUCUCCUCACCAGCUCACCUACCAACAGGCUCAGCACUUCCACCAUCAACAGCAGCAACAGCAGCAGCAGCAGCUUCAAAUGUUCUGGGCCAACCAAAUGCAAGAAGUUGAGCAAACAACUGACUUCAAGAAUCACAGUCUCCCACUUGCUCGGAUCAAAAAAAUAAUGAAAGCUGAUGAAGACGUCCGAAUGAUUUCAGCUGAGGCUCCUGUUAUAUUUGCUAAGGCAUGUGAAAUGUUCGUCUUGGAACUGACUCUGCGCUCUUGGAUUCACACUGAGGAGAACAAAAGGAGGACGCUACAAAAGAAUGAUAUUGCAGCUGCUAUUUCAAGGACUGAUGUUUUUGAUUUCUUGGUUGAUAUCAUUCCUAGAGACGAGUUGAAAGAAGAGGGAUUAGGGGUCACAAAGGCUACUAUUCCUAUGGUUGGUUCCCCUGCUGAUAUGCCGUAUUACUAUGUCCCGCCACAGCAUCCUGUGGGACCUCCAGGGAUGAUUAUGGGAAAGCCAGUUGAUCAAGCAGCAGUAUAUGGAGCCCAGCAGCCUCGACCACCAGUGGCAUUCAUGCCGUGGCCACAGAAUCAACCACAACAGCAACAGCCUCAGCAGCAACAAAGUGAUAAUUGAAGAAGGGACUGGUGAUUGUUAGUAUUUUGUAUCUGUAGUCAAGGGGUUAGCUUAGCGGGAAUUGGUUUUUUAUAAUGCGAAAACCAAGUUUUUUAUGUGUAGUCAAAUGUGAGGUAGCUGGAUAAUGUAUGGGUUUGUGUUCUCUCUUAUUUCUAAGAGCCUGAUACCCUUUCUUCCAAGAAUUUGCCAAUUUAACCCUUUUUAAUCCA